AUGGCGGACCAAGGGGAUAAUUCCCCAGGAAAGCCCGUUCCUCCCGGCAUUAUCGUCACUCCUGCCGAGGACCUGACCACGGACGAAGUGACAAAAUCUUCUGACAACUUGCCCCAAGCAUCUCACGACACCGAAGACGAUAAGGUCCACUCCGGACAGGAGGACGAAGCCAACCCCGAGUCUGAGGACAAGCCCCCAGUAUCCCCUGAGGACGAUGAAUUUGAAGAUAGCGGGGAGAGAAGACCCGUCUCUCCUGUCAACGACGACGAAGAUGAGAAGAGCGUGACAUCUUCGUAUUUCUCGGAUUCGGACUCAGACGAGGAAACACGUGGACGCGCUCGCAGGUCCUCUAGAGACCGCGACAUGUCCCCUCCCAUCUCUUCUACCACCCACUUCGCCAAGCAGAAUCACAUUGACAGGGCAACUGCUGAAAGACGACGCGAUCAAGAAGGUAUCACCGGGGGUGCCAGGCGCGAGGCAACGAAAUCAAGAAGUCCUCUUGCUAUCAAGUCAAUCACCCGUGAUGGCGAUAAAGUCAUCGUUACCUCUCCUACAUACGGCACUAUCACUCUCACGGACCCCACGAUUACCGAGCAAAUGGACAAGUCUUUGGCAGACCGCCAGUUUACCCUGUCCCCUGUUAAAGAUGCUCUGGCAUUUUCGCUGGAUGUUCAAGACGCCAUCGAGAAGGCUUUCCAAGAAAAGAAGAUUCUGGAAAUGGCUGAGAGUUACAAGAACGGAGCCAAACACACACCACCUCCUGUCCCCGAACGACCUGGAUCACCACAGUUCGGAUUGUCUUCAGCUGAUGCGGAGGCUCAAUACGAGGACAACAAUCCUGCUAGCCAACAGGCCAAACUACCAGGUCUGAGUGUCCCUGCCGAGACUGGCUCUCUUGGUCACCGCAGAUCUGCCUCUGCCGAUAUCGCUCGACAGACAUUGCAGCAGAGCAGAUACAGACUCAUCCACAACGAUCUGAGAAGAGCCGCGGUCAAUCCAAAACACAAUGUAGGCGUAUGGGACAAAGACGCGCUCUGGGGGUUCAUGCGCGCACAAGACAACAAAAUUCUCUCCAUCGCCGAAGUCUUGCAGAAGAACAACUUGGAGAGCGACGUCGAGGGUAUGAUAACCUUGCAAGAUGAAAGAAAAUUUGCAAGGACUGAGGUCGAGCGAAUCAAAUCCGAAUUCGACCGCCAAUCGCUCGCAGACAAGCAACGAAAUUCAGAGCUCGAGGCUGAGCUUGCCAGUGCUGAGGCAGAAGUUGCAAGGUUGCAAGCUGCUCAGGAGUUGCAUCGUACUCGCGAAUCCAUCAUUCGUUCUGACAGUCUGUCUCCUGAGAGGCAACAGUCUCUCAGAACAAUCGACGGUCGCUUUGAACAGCUCAACACCAUGCAAGAGAACGCCAAUAAGGGUAUGGACGACCUUCGUUCACAACUUAACAUCACUGAAGAGCUUCGUGAAGACAACGAGAAGCUUCGAGUUGAGAACCAGGAACUCCGCGAUCAGUUGUCGCAAAUGAACAACCAGAUAGUCUUUUUCGAGGAACACGAAAAGGAGACCGAGUCGAGGAUAAUCCAGCAGAAGCAAGCCAUUGAAAAGCUCAACAGAGCCUACACAACCCUCGACAGAGAAAACACCCAGCUGAGGGCUCGUGUUGAGGACUUGCAGGAUGCUAGCGACAAGACUGAUAUGGAAAAUGCCGAGCUCAGGGUCCAACUCGAAAGCUGCCUGAACGCCCGCUCUGAACUAGCAAAGGACAAGUCUGGUUUCAUGCCUCUCGAAGAAUCAUCUAGCAUCAUCGAGAUUGACACCGAACUUGAAGCUUUGAAAAACUCGAACCCUGCGCUCUCCGGCAAGAUUACUGCUCUCGAAAAGGUUCUGGUUCAUGUCAGAGAAGACUGUGCCAGGUAUCGAGAACUGUACAUGUCCGCCAACGAACAACGUGUCUGGUCUUUCGCUCACUACGCAACUGUCAAAAAACCAUGGCCUGUCCCAACUAGAGAAAGGAUGGCUCAGGUGUUUGUUGCCAUAGUCAACGACAACAGAAAGCCUGUUGAAAAGUCCAUAGAGCCCGCAGACGUUGCUCUGCAUGGCCGGUCUGCCCGCGAUUUUCAAUUCGAGCUGACUGGACUUGUCGAAGAUCUGUCUCUUUCAGGAGUGUUGACAAGAGGCCAAGUCGUGCAAUGGUUCGCUGCCGGUUUGGGCAUACGCAAAAUCUUCGAGGAAAUCCGGGCCUUGGAUCUUCAUCUGGACAAAGAUAUGGAAGAAGAAAUUCUGCGAGUCCUGAUCGAGGAAGGUUAUUGCUAUGGUAACUUUGACGUGUUUGCUUCUUUCGUCUUCUCUGACCGACACAUCUCGCGUAAAGAAUUUGUUGUUCGCGUCAACGACAUCAUGGCUGUGCUGGACAGAAUCGACAAGGAUUUGGUCAGGACCGAGACCGACCUUGAGAUAGCACAGCGCAGAGUCGCGGAGCUUGAACACAAAGAUCGUGAACAGUCUAAGAAGGUUGGAGCACAAGCUCAUGAAUUGAGAAUGCUCGAAAUUACUUGGGAUGCUAUCGAGGAGCACUACGGUAAUCCCGAAGGCACUCUUGGCAAAUUCAUCGAGCUCCAGGCCGAGCAUGAAGACCUUAAGGCAAGACAUGAUGGUCUGACCAAGGAGGUGGCGUACUAUGAAAGUGAACUCGUUGACACACGUCAAGAGUUGGACUGGAAGGAGUUCACUCGUGGCAACUUUGACGAUCAAGAGUCUUGCACUGUCAUUGCUCAUCGUGAUCUUGAAGCAAGAGUACAAGAUCUUGAAAAUCAGAAGCAAGAGCUUACUGCGGCGUUCAGCAAGCACAUGAUCGAGAGCCAAUCAACACCCAACACUGGAAACGAUCUUCCACCCCUUUCUCACGACUACUGGGCUGAACUCUACAGACUCAGAAAGGAGAACGACCAGUUCACCAGAGAAUUAGAGAUUGAAGCAGCAGCUGUGCCUAAUUCUCCAGCUUGCGAGUAUUGUUCUCAAACCAGGAGAGCCAAUGCCAGGUUGCUUGAUAGACUUAGACAAGCGAGGAGAGAGGCUGCCUCAAUACCUCCCCCUGACUCCCCUUCGGAUCCCCCAGCAGAUGCUACAACAAAGUCUCCAUCUUACUGCGACAGCUGUCUAUACCUCACAAGGAUGCUCGGAGAGACUGAACAGCAGAACAGAGACUUGGAGGACAAGCUCUGGGUCAAGAAGAUCCAAAUCCGUAGCUGUCACUACGAGAUUGACAAGACCAAGGAUGAACUUGCUAAAGCCAGAAAUGAGAUCGAGAGACUUGGGUUUGAGGACGGUUCUUCAUCGCCCAAGAGUAUGUCCACUCAGCCUACUUCAAUUGAGAGUACUCCAUCCAAGUCAGCAGAUGCCGAGGAAGUCAGAAAGCUCAGGGAGAUGAACGCCAACUAUCAACAACUUAUGAGCGAGAGAAUCGCAGACAGCUUAAAGAACUGGGGUGCUACGAAGCUUGCAGCUCCUCCUGCUGACCUAGAGCAAGAAUUGUUCGACUCUUUCGACACUGAAACCAACGCACGCAAACAUGUCAUCGAGAAGGCUCAACUCGAGAAGCAAAAUGCGGCCCUGCAGAAGAACCUUGACGACCUUGAAGCCACUGCUUCGCAACUACAUGGUUCCAACGACGUGGCUGUAGUCGCCAGAAUUGAAAACUUGAAGAGACAAGUCGAUCAGAUUCCAGGGCUUCAGGCGCAGAUCUUGACUCUGACCAACGAAAAGGAGAAGCUUAUCGUGUCCAACGAUUACCUCAAGGGUAAAAAGAGCCCCGAGUGCUGCGGUCAUACUAGGGACGAGCUCCAAAAGGAGAUCGAGGCUCACGCUGCUACAAAGAAAGAGUUGGACGAUGCCGGUAACCUCGCUAUUACUUCAGAAGAUGAGGAUAAAGACCCAUGUGCGGACGUCAAGCAAGAGCUGCAGAGGACCAAGAAAGAGCUUUCCGAGACCACGAACCGCAUGUCUAGGAAACACAAAGAUCUCACCAUAGAACUUGACUUCACCAAGAAGCAGCUCGUGGAAGCAAGGGAAAGCAUCAAGGUCAACAACUUUAAGCUGCGUCCCGACGAGGAUAUACAGCCAGCCGAUGAGACUGAUCCUUGCAGGGAUGUAAAAGACGAGCUUGCAGCCCUCAAACUCGAGCACCAAGAAACGGUGGAUCUCGUCAAGGAGAUCUCGGCUGAGAAUGAGAACACCAAGAGGGAGCUUAGAGAAGCUCGCAUCAAUGCCAGUCGUGCCAAGCCUACUAUUCCUGACGAGAACAAGGUCGAUGACAAGAAGGGCGGCGACGCCAAUACCAACGAGCAGAACAAGCUUCUCAAAGAGAAGAUGAAUUUGAUCAAGCAGAUCCGUGAACUUGAGGAGCAGAUCAGAAAGGCUCGUGACUGCCACCUCAAACAAGCCAAGAUCGAGAAACUCACCCAAGAGCUCCGCGUUGCUGCUGUCAAGAUUGAAGAGCUCAAAUUCGAGGUCGGUAAGCUCGAGGCUACGUCCAAGGCCUACCGUCUCGCAGGUGAUAGACAUGGUCCACCUGCAAACGACGAUCAAUGUAAGGACGCCAUCAAGGAACUCAUCGGCGAGCAGACAAAGCUCAAGGACUCCAUUGACACUUACAACCUUGACGCACCUCCGAAGAAGUAUACGCCAGUAGAGUUGGAGGAAAAGUCGAAGAGUUACAUUACACCACUGGAGGAGGAAGCGCCCAAGAAUUACAUUGGAACAGCUUUGAACGUCUUCAAGAAAGUCACCUCAUUCGCACAAAAGGAGGAACCAGCUGCCAAGCCCGCUGAGAAGAAGGACGGCAAGAAAGAGAAGCCUGCAGCUGAACCUGAAGAAGAUCCCGAAGACGACCCUUGCAGUAUCUACAAGAAGCAGUUCAAGGAUGUCAAGAAGCAGGUUGAUGCCUUUGAGAAGCUGACCUUGUUCAAGGAGAAGUUCCUGAAGGAGCAAGAGAGAGUCGAGAGAAGGAACAAGGAGAUCAUGCAACUCAAGACCAAACUCGAGCGUCUUCAGAAUGAUGCAGAUGCACCAUGGGCAGUCCGCAAGCGUCUCAAUGAAGCUGUGAACGCCAACCGCAAGCAAGCCGACAUCAUCGAGUGCAACAGGAUUGUCGCAGCUCAGCACCACAAGGAAAUCACAGCGUUCCGCAAGAAGCUGGAAGAAUUGAUCGCAAUCGAGCCUGAUGCUCCAAUGAAAGACUUGAUGGACAGAAACCAGAAACUGCAGAAAGAGAAUGACAGAGUGCAGGGCAAGUUCUUGAAGCAUCAACUUAAGACCAGCCAGCAACUCAACUACCUGGGCAAAGAGAUCAGUAUUCUGUAUGCUGAAAGAGAUGAUUGGCGUGGCAGUAGGAUGACCGAGGGUCUGUGGAAGCCGGCUAAUGCUGCUAAGAACAGCAGCGUCGAGGGAUCGACUACUGGAUCGCCCAAGGCGACCGAGACCGAGACACGCGGAUCUCUUGCUAAGACGACCGAGUCUCCGACAAAGACGACUGACUCUGUUGCUAAGACAGGCGAGCUCGCUACAGAGACGCCCGUGGCCAAGCCCGGUGAAGACUUCAGAGACACUCCGGAGAACCCAUGGCCCAGAAUUACAUAUGACUGCUGGCCCCGACCUUCCGCCAGAUUGCAAAAGUCUUACGAAGAGAUAAACGAGAAGAACGAUCGUUUGUACGACAACCCAACCUAUGUCUUGAAGGUCCGCGUACCUCGCCACCCAACACCUGACAUUACCGGACUCUGGACCGCAGUGCACCACACUGCGUGGAAGCUUCCAGAACCCAAGAAGCUGACUUGGUACGAGAUGGUCAAGGAAUGUAUCGCGAAUGAGUAUUUCUUGCCAGGACUCUGGAUCGUUGUCUUCCUUUUGGAUUACUUAGGCCAUGAUCAGUACACCGUGCCAACACUAGACUUCAUCUUUGGUCGCGAAAACGAUUCUAAGAAUCUGGCUGCUAGAUGGACACCCUUCAUCAUCAUCUUCUUCGGCUUGUACACUUGGUGGCUCCAGCAGGUGCACCGAAGCGUCUAUGGCAAAAAGGAAGAAGAAGAGGUCAUCGAUCUCUUGCUGAAGUGGAAACCAGAUCCUUGCAGGGAAGUCAAGAAGGAGCUUGAGAAGGUUCAGACUAAGUUGAAGGAGAAAGAAAAAUCCGACAAGGAGAAGGAGAAAGACAAGGAUAAGGGCAAAGAGAAAAAGGACGAGUCAAAGAAGGACACCAAAGACUCUUGCAAGGACGUCCUCAUCGAACUUGCCACCAAAGCCGCCAAAUUCGACGACGCUCAGGCUCGAUUGAACGGGGAGAAGAGUGUUAUCGAUUGGAAGAACGAUAAGAGAUCUGACCAGCAAUGGCAACAGGUUCGGGAUACCAGAUUCUGGGAAGCUGCCGGUAUCCCAGGACCUCUUUCCGCAGAUGCCGUCACGUACGAAGAGUUCCUCAAAAGGAGCGGUCUCCGAGUGUGGAGUGAUCUGAUGGGACCAUGGGAUUACCGCACACCGGUUCCAGGCAAUCAGCUUGCAUUGCGGUCCUCAACCGAGAGCUCAAGUGGAUCUGGAUCUGUACCCUCUGCUGAGUCAUCGCCUGGAAGAUCUGGCGUACACCCUUACGCUGCCAACAAGUCCACUUUGGCUGACGCUUGGAAAGACUUCUUAGAACGACACCCUGAACUUCGAAGGUUCACCAUAGGUUUCUUACCCUGGACCCGAGACCUCGUCAUCCCUGGAUCAGUCAACAUGAACCUCAGCGUCAAUAUCAGACGCAAUCUUGCCUCAUCCUACGGCGUCACGUACCCUAGCCAUGGAGAAUUGACUGCUUGGCGUGCUUCUCAGGGUUUGCUACCUCCUACAGAACAAGAACUCGCCGCCACCGUCAUUGACCAGAAUGGCAACUGGACGCAGAUACCAGCCCACUUGCAAUCAGCAGGUCCUCUCACCGCUCCUACUACGUAUCCCCCCGGCUUAGACAAGGCUAAGACUGAUGCGUUCUUGGCAGCUCUGAGAGCAAUGGGCGCUCCUGUUGCACCAGCUGCUCCAGUUGCACCAGCUGCUCCAGUUGCACCAGCUCCUGCUGCCGCUGGUCUAAACAAUGCUAAAGCUUCUGUUCCAGUUGCACCCGCCACUGAUCCAUGCAAGAGCGUCAAAGACCAGCUUGCCAAAUGCGAGGAGAAACUUGAGGCCUGGAAGCACCGCCAAUGGAAUUUCGAGCCUGACGAAGUCAAGAAACGCUGUGACCGAUGGUACCAAGAGUGGAGAGCCAAGUCUGUUCUCUACGAUCCCGUCCGUAAACAGCUCACCGAUGUUGAGGAACAGCUUGAACGUGAAAAGGCGGAGCACAAGUCCGCAAAGGAGGAACUUGCCAAGGCUGACCCCAAGACGAUCAAGACCAACACGCAACAAAAGGCAGACGCCAAGGCUCAGGAAAAGAAGAUCGGAGAGAUUCAGAAGGAAGCAGACAAGAAGAUCAAAGAAGCCGAGAAGCAGACUGAUCAGUCCAACAAGCGCGCAGAGGAAUUCCGCAGAGCACUUGAGCUUGAGAGAGAAAGAAGGCUCAAUGCUCCCACUGUCGAAGACGAAGAAGACGAAAGACUUGACAACAGGGUGCCAUGGGUUCGUUUCUGGAUCACUCUCAUCAUGUCGAUUCCACUUUCUCUCCAGUACUACCGAUACACGCAACUCGACUUGAUGCCAGAGUACCAGAACUCGACUCUCUCGACGACCGAGAUUUUGUGGUAUAAUACUGUUGAGUCGACCAGAGAGUACCAUACUCUGAUCACCGUCUGGGGUAUCAUUAUUGCUGCUGUGUUGUUGAUCUGGGGAGCUGCACUUGCCUCCGUAGAAAUCAACCCAUGGCGUACUUACGAUUCUGACAGCGAUUCUGACGACGAUGACGACAACAACAACAGCGACGGCAACGAUGGUGAUGGUAAGGGCGACGAUGGCAAGGGCGACGAUGGCAAGGGCAACGGCAAGGGCGACGGCAAGGGCGAUGGCAAGGGUGAUGAUAGUAAGGGCGAUGAUGACAAGGGUGAUGACUCUAACAGCAAGAAGAGCAAGAAACCAUCGCUCUCCUUUGUUCUUCCCCGUUCACCUAAACCGACACCACCAAAAUCCCCCAAGUCACCGAAAUCUCCCAAGUCACCCAAGGUUAGCAGCCGAUGGAAUCCUUUAUCAUGGUUCCUCCACGGUGUAGCACCACCUGCGCCGACGUCUCCCAAAACUCCUCUGGGCUUCCAGACAACUCGUCAGCAGACUUGGAAGCAUUCUCACAUUACUUCCGUCAGCACUGAGCCUUCAGCAGGUAUAUCCACAGAAACCAAGCCCGAUGAAGUCAAGGAUCUCAAAGACAGACUUGAGAAGUGCCAGCGGAAACUCACUACGACCGAAAGACUACUUUUGGCUGCAAAGGCCAAGGAAGCAACUUUCAAUCAGUCUGGAUCCUCUUCGAUAGACCUGAGACCUCAAGCCGGUCCGAACGCUGAUCAGUACCGUCGAGCCUUCAAGCAUUCGACUAUAAGUUCUAUAAGUACUGCGCCGCAAGCCGCUAAGGAAGCCGCAAAGACUACCAGCGAUAGUUCCGUCGACAAUAACGCCCUUAAGGUUGAGCUUACCAAGCUCAAGAAGAAACUCGAGGCUGCUAACAAGAAACUUGCCGCAAACAAGGGUCAAUCCUGGAACGAAGUAAUUCAGUUGGAUGAAGGCUGGGAAGAUCCUUGCAAGAGUGUCAGAGAUGAACUUGAGCGUGUCAAGUUGCAGCUCAAGCAAAGAAACGACGAAAUCGAAUGGAUGAGAAGACAAAAGAGAAAGGAAGACAGGCAGAAGGCUGGUAUCGACGAUGAUAGUGAAGAUGACUCAGACGAUGUGGACGGUCCUCCUCCCGGCUCGCUAGAGAUGAGAUUCAGGGCUGCUGAAGAUAUGGUCAAGGUCAGAGAGCAGCAACUCGAGAAGGCAGCCGAUGAUCUCAAGGUCUGCCACGAAGCCACUAAGACGCUGCGAAACAAGUUCUAUGAUGCACGCGAUGGAUGGGAUGCUGAGAAGAAGAAGGUCGAGGCGUUGGAGAAGGCCCGGGGCUCGACUCAGACUUCGAGCACCGGCACUCAGACCUCACCCUCGAGUACCCAGGCUUCAUCUGGUGAUGUCGAUCACUCGGAGUGUAACAAGCGGAUCAAUAUUUUGAGAGCCAAAAUCGAUACUCUUGAAAAGCAGGGCUCCAAGCAAGAUGACGCCGCCCAGCAAGAGCUGAUCGACGGUUUGAACAAGAAGGCCAAGGGCCUAGAAAGCGGACUCGAUCGUACUUUCAAAGAGCUCAACCACUACAAGGACAUGUACAAGCGAGGCGCUGACCAUGGAAUGUGCCUAAAAGAUGAUAAACGCACGAUCCUCGAGAACCUGGUUGCCGAAUACGAGAAGGACGGGGACUCACGUGUCGCUGAGCUCGAGCUGCAGCUCAAGGAUGUAAGAGCCAAAGAGAAGCAGGCUCUUGAGGAUCUUGAAAUUGUCAGGAAACACCUCGCCGAUUGUGAAAACUCGAAGAAGAACCGCAACGAUGAUUUGAGUGCUGAAGAGAAGGUGGCUAGCGCCAACAAGGAAGCCGAGGUUGCGAAGAAGGAACUCGCCGACUGGGUGAAGAAGCUUGAACUCAACAAGACUUGGGUGUUGGAAAACCCGUCUGCCGACUCAGAGGUUGCCAAAUUGCAGCGUCUCUUGUUCGAGAAGAACGACUUCUUGGAUUUGAUCACUUGGCAAAAGGAGAACGUUGAGGAAAGUCUUCAAUACUACAAGGACCUGUUGAAGAAGACCCAGGAAGCCGAGGACCAUGAUCAAUGCAGGGCUAUGGAGAAGUUCUACAAGCAGGUGGCCAGCGCAGCAGAGAAGGCACGCGAUGAAGCUGCUGAUACCAACAGAAAGCAGUGGAAGGAACUACUGGCUGAACAGACGAAGGUUCACGAUGCAAAGCAAGAGAAGGAAGCUGCUGAGAAGAAGGCUCAAGAGGCAGAGAGGAAAGCCCAAGAGGCAGAGAAAGAGAAGGAAGCACUUGUCAAGCAACUCGAGGACAAGACCAAGGUAACUCCGCCUGAGCCAAUCAAUAAGGAUGAAGAUUCUCCUUCCGCAGCUGACAAACAAGAGGUGACCUCUAAUGCGGUCCAAGACGCACGCCGUGCAACUAGACUCGCCGAAGCCGAAGCACGCAAAUACAAACUCGAGCGCGAUCGUCUGGCACGCAAGAUCGAUGAUCUAGAGCAAUCUCUAUUCCCAUCCAGUUCCGCUACCACGCCUACAUCCUAUAACACUGGCUUCUCCAGCACAAAUACCUCUAGCACGAACACAAAGUAUUCAAGGCCCGCGAACAUCAUCACCGACUUCUCAAACAUGGACGAUCCAUUCGACGAUGGCCUAGCCACAGGAGGCAUGAUGACUGCAUUCCCUUCACACGACCCCAACCGCCUUUUGAACAUCCUCGGUCGCCCUCGAUCCAUCCACUCACCAGCCCGAGCACCAAUCCCCACCCCUCUACCUCCCUACCCCGACUGUGCACCCCAAACCCCCGCAGGCCGCCGCCGAUCAGCCCAACGCAUGAUCGAUUCUCCAGCCCGCGAGCGAGCCCUCGCCGCAGAACGCGCCUACCACGCCGCAACCAACGCCGCAUGGUACGAAUUCGAAGAAAACAGAAGCGAUCAAUACGCAUUGACUUUCACGCUUUUGAGAAAAAAUAUCAACAUUCCUGUGAGGGAUACUUUGGGGAGACUGGUCGGUAUUGCUGAAGAGGAAGGGGAUGUGGAGGAUGAAGCCGAUGAUGAAGAAGAGGAGGAAGAAGAAGAAAGAGAAAGUGAGAGUGAUGAUGAAAGUCUGAGGGAUGAGGAGUUCAAUGAAAAGCACAACCAUCAGACGCCUAUGCCGUUACCGCGCUUCAAGUAG